AUGGAGAAGUUCUCAGCCUUUCGCGAUCCAGGCACGGGCAUUCAGCCAUUUUUGAGGCCGAUUCCACCCACGGGCUCUGAAGCGCUUCUCAUUGCUACAUCGCCUCUACGCUAUGCCAUUGGCCUCGUGCGGACCCUGCUCGUGCUCAUUCUGGGCAUCCUACAUGCACUCAUAGUGGAGGUUGUUUGUCAAGUUCUGAGAUCAGUCCCCCCUCUGUACAGAGUAGUAUCGCACGUAUUCACUGCGUUGUUCGCUCGGCUGGCACUACUCUUCAUUGGGCUGCCAUGGAUCCCAGUCCAGGUUGUUUCGCGUAAAAGAGGGUACGCAUACCAUCCACGCGCGUCUGAAUGUCUAAUACUCACGUCACCCCGUAGGCGAAAUUCGAAGACCAAUGAAACAUGGAGUCCAGGGGCAGGAGACCUCAUCGUCUCGAAUUGGGUCUCCACUAUCGAAAUCCUUUGGCUGGCGUUUCGGUUCAAUCCUAUCUUUGUGUUACCCGUAAGUGCAGCAGGGGAGCAGGCGCAACAGGCGGCGACACCUAGUUCGCCUAUAACGCGAACACCAGGCCGGCGUACAGGCACAGGCUCAGCCGCCAUUUCUUCACCCGCCGCGCGAGCCCCGACACCCCGAGUGCCCAUCCUUGGGUUCCGUCAAACGUCGUUAUUCGGUAUGCUCCGGGCGACUGGGCAUGUUCCCAGUGCCGUUCAAGCUCACACGACAUCUUCCGAUGUCAAGUCGCUCGAAGAGAUCAGAGGUGGUGCGGAUAGACCUGUGGUCCAACGGUCGAGGACUGCUCAGUGUCCCCUUGACAAAGUUCAAGGUGUUCAUCAUGUGUGUCCGGUGGGUGCUCCGCUAUCAGCUUUCCGCUUCAUACUCACACCUCUACCAUGCAGCUACGACCCGCCCACUACAUUCUGCCCCACAUUAGCACACCCGAUUCCCUACUCUGCGUUGAACCCGCUCCCGCAUAUAUUCUCCUUGACGACGUCUCUCGCACCGUACACGCUCUCUAUUCGCCUCCUCUCACUGGCGGACGCACCGAGCUCGGGUGCCUUUGUCACAAGCGAGUUUACGGCGGGCCAGAACAGUGAUAUUUUGACAGAAGCUUGUGCAUCGCUAAUCGCCCAGAUUGGCAAGGUGAAACGGGUUGGGUUUGGCUGGGAGGAUAAGGCGGCGUUCCUCGAAUUCUACAGGAGUAAAAGAAGAUAG